AUGCUUGAAAGGAUAAACAAUUGGCCUGAAAUUAAUGGGAAUACUAAUCUUGAAAAAAUCACUCUAGAUACUAUAAAAUUAAAAUAACUCAAUGGAUUGUAAUAUGAAAAUCCUGUAAUAACUAAUAAAUGCUUGCAUUUAAAAGUAUGUUUUGAAUUAAAGGAAUUUGAAGUUUAGAUUAACAAUAAUUAACCAUUUGUUUGUAAAAUCUGUAAUUAAAAUGCAUAAUAAUAUUCUGAUCUAAUGUGGGAUAUUAGAAAUCAUGCUUAUGAAGAAUUUCACGAAUUUGUUGAUGAAAUUCACAUCAUUUAUGGAUGUAUGGUCAAUAAAUAUUAGAGAAAUAAAAAAUAUAUAGACUUAUUCACUAAAUUUGGCAUUAAGGAACAUUUUUUGAAAUUAAUAAGGUAAAGAGAUUAUUAGACAAAUUUAAAGUCUCUAAUUGAAAAGAAUGUCUUUUAAUAAAAAGCAUUUUAACUUUACUGUCUUUUAGAUUUUAUAAAAAUUAAUAUUCCUAUUAGAAUAAAAGGAUGCUUGCAUUUUGAAUGCUAUGAAUUCACAAGUUUACUAUAUUAUUAAUAAAAUAAUUAAUAGAAUUAGAACAUCUUUUAAUGUAUUUAUCCAGGAUGCGAAAUUCAUUUAAAUAUUUCUAGUUUAGAUACUUUUUUUGAUGGAAUUGUUGUUGAUUAAGAACUUCUAAAAGAAAUCAAGAAAAAUAACCCAACUUCAAUUAUAUUUAAUAUUGAGUAAGAAACUAAAACCAUCAUUUAGAAUACAUAUUUUCCUUUUUCUGAAAUUUUAACUUAAUACUCGAAUAAAUACAAUUAAUAAUUUACAGAGUUAUAAUAAUUAGAACUCUAAACUAGAUUUAAUUAAGUCUUAUAAUCAAUUACCCAAAGUAAUUUAUUACUUGAUAAACCAUAGUUAAAAUAAAAUUUAUCAUAAAGCACAAUAUCAUUAUAAUUAUAAGAUAAUUUAGUUGAUUAAAUUACUAAAUUAAAAAUGGAAUUACCAACAAGAUGUAUUAAAUGUAUAGAUUUUAACAACUCAAUUGACUUGCUAACAUAUGUUUUUGAUUUUGUCUUUAAAAAACAAAUUGAUAAUAAAUAAAAGUACUCAUGUCCUUUGUGUAAUUAAACUUAAAAUUAAAUAAUGGCAAUUGACAAUCUAAAUAAAUACAUUUACAUUGACUAAUUCUUAUUAUUAAAAUUAAUAAAAUAGAAGAACGAUAAUAAUGUAUUAUAAUCUGAAUGUGACUUUUUUGAAUCAUAUUUUAAUAAUUUAUCAUAUGAAAAUAAUGUAAUAGAAACAGUAAUUUUUGACACAUAUUCAUUAUUGAAUCACGCGACCAAAGUUAGAUAUAAAAAUCCAGCUUUAACAAGAAAAUGUUUACAUCGAAAGACAUGCUUUGAAUUCAAAGAAGCUUUAUAAUAAAUUCAAUAAUAAAAACUUUAUUAAUGUCCACAUUGCGAUUAAUAAGCAACUAACCUAGAUGACUUAGUUUAAGAUUGGAGAGUUGAAGCUUAUAAAGAAUUUUAUGAAGAGGUUGAUGAAGUAACAAUAAUAAAAGGGAUUAUGUUUAAUAAAUGCUGCAGAAAUAAAUCUAAAAAUUUGAAUUUUUUCACUUAGUCAAAAUAUGAUAAGCAAUUUAAACAAAUAUUUGAAAGAGUAGAGAAUGAUAUGUAAAUAGUAUCAUUAAUCAGAAGAGACUUAUAAUAAUAAUAGAUUUAAAACAAUAAUAAUAAAAUAAUUUUCUUGUGUUUCUGUUUGUUAGAUAAAGUGAAAAUAAAUAUCCCUGUUAGAAUAAGAGGAUGUCAACAUUAUGAAUGUUAUGAAUUAACUAGUUUAUUAUACUUUUAAGAUUAAAAUAGAAAAACAAUACAAUAUUUAGAAUGCAAACAACCAUUUUGUUCAAAUCGAUUAAGAAUUGCACACAAAAACUAUUCUAUAUAAUCUGAAUCUUAUAACAGUAAAGAAUUAGAUGAACAAUAAAAAAUACUUGAUAUCUAAACAUUAUUUUCAGGCAUAUCUGUUGAUUUGGAUUUAUUAAAUGUCAUUAAAAAGAGUAAUCCAAGCUCAUUCAAAUUUUACUAUAAUAAAAAAACCGAAAAUAUUGAAGAAGAUAUAAAUAAAAUAGACGGCAAAGUUGUAGAUCCAUUCAUUAUAAAAUUCUACGAAUAACAUCCAGAGUUAUAAAAAAAAAUGCACUACUAAGAAUUCCAAAAAAUCAUAUUACAACAGAUAAUUUUAGUGGAUCAAGGAGAUCUCUUAUAGGUGGAUAGAGAUAUAUGCAAAAAAUUGGCUUUGUAUAAAUACAGAAAUUUCCAAGUAAAUAUGAUAGACAAAUUAACAUAACUUACAAUUGAAUAUCCAGUUAGAUGUAAACUUUGUCCAAAUCUAGAAGUUUGUAUGGAUAUUAGAAGUUAUAUUGCACAAUUUAUUUAUUUUAAAAAGAUGUUUCCAACAAAAGGUUAUGUUUGUCCAUUAUGUAAUUAAUAAUUAGGAUAAUAUAUUCUACCAAUGAAAAUUUAAAAUUACAUAUAUUUAGAUCCAAAUAUACUUUCAUAUAUGUUUAAAGACAUGUCUUACACUAAUGGAAUUAAUAUUUUUGAAUAUAAAGGAGAAUAAUAUUUGUGGUAAGAAUUUAAUUAUAGAUACAAAAUUAAAAGAGAAGAUUAUGUUUCAGAUUUAUAUCAAAGAUAGGUUGUAUUUAGGCAACUGUUUUGUAAUUUUAAUAAAGAAUUGAGAAUUCAAUAACCUUUAAUCCUUUAACAAUGUCCUUAUAGAAUAAUUGUUGAUUUUAAAUCAUUUUAUCAAGAAUUAACGAAAAUAAACUUUGAUUUAGAAAAAUAAGGACUUAUCUUAUGUAGAUGCAAUUAUUGUCAUAGCAAUCCCAUUAAGGUUAUCGCAGGAUAAAUCUAUUUUCAUGAAGCCUUUUAUGAAGCUCUAAAUAAAUAUUAUCAAAUCUAAGAUAAUAAUCAAAAUGAGUCUCACUUUACAUAUACAUUUGCUGAUACAGAGAGAGAUAGUUAUAUCAAAACAGUUCAACUUAUCUUACCUUUAAAAAUUAAUUCUUAAAGGGAAAAUGGUAGCUUUUGGGAUAUGAUGUCUGAUGAAAAGUAUCAAAGUUUAUUUAGAGGAUCUGAAAUAUAAGGGUACAAAUUCAAGUUAUUUGCUAUUAAAAUGCAAAUUAUAUAAAUACCAAUCGUAUUAGACAAAGAAGGAAUACAUGCUAAUAUAAUGUAUAAUUUCAAUUAAAAUAUUAAUGAAGAAUUAAAAAAAUUUUAAGUUUGUAAUAAGUAGGAAUUACUUUAGUAUUACACCUUGGUGAAAUAUUUGAUUUUAUUAGUGGUGAUAUAGAAUUCUUUAUAAAUAAAUGAGUAUUUGAUAAUAAUAUUAUAUAAAUGA